UACUCGCUCGCAGGAAUCGUCUACGCCGGAGGGUUCCACUUCACCUGCCAGUUCAUCGCCAGUGAUGGCAGUGUGUGGUACCACGAUGGUAGACAAACCGGGCGGUCGUGCCACCUAGAAUCCACGACCGCCGCUUCCGUGGAUUUGCUGCACGCGCAUGACAGAGACGCCACCAUUUUGCUCUAUGUUUUAGACCAUUAA